AUGUCUCGCGAUAAUGAUUUCAUUGUACCCUCGACUUCAAUUCAAAAACUAACAAUUAAUGAUACAUCGAAAUAUGGAUUUGGUUACAAUCCAUCUGUGGGACCCGCGUCAAACUAUAUCACCUCGGAAUCGUCGCAUAUUCUUCUUAAUAAACGUACCAAUAUCCAACUAACUCCUACUUCGCAAAAUUCCAUAUACGAUAAGAAUUUGACUUCAAAGAAAGCGCAGGAGAUAAGCUUAUCGUCGCUAUCUUUUUUAUUUUGUGAAAUUGUCAGUUGGGCACACAAACAGUCCAAAGGCAUUCAAGAUCUCGAGAACCGCUUAAAUGGGCUUGGAUACCAGAUUGGCCAGCGAUAUUUAGAGUUGAUAAAACUAAGGGAAGGGUUCAAGUUGAGCAAGAGAGAAAUCAAGGUGAUUGGCAUACUACAAUUUAUCCACGGACCAUUUUGGAAAACAGUGUUUGGUAAAGUAGCCAAUGAGUUGGAGAAAUCGCAAGAUAUUGUUAACGAAUAUAUGAUUGUCGAUAAUGUACCGAUGCUCAAUAGGUUUAUCAGUAUACCAAAGGACUAUGGAGACUUGAACUGUUCUGCGUUUGUUGCGGGGAUCAUUGAAGGCGCUCUUGAUAGCAGUGGAUUCAGUGCCAAUGUAACGGCACACAACUCAGGAACAGAGGCCAAUCCGUUGAGAACAGUUUUUUUGAUUAAAUUUCACGAACAAGUUAUGAUUCGAGAGAACUUGAGGUGA